GGGAGGCUAACCGAUAGUGGAGGGAAAGAUUUGCAGAUAAUCUGACGAUAAUGGUGGGGGCUUCUUCUCUGCAACCGAGGCUCCUCUCUUCCUAUCUGGGUGACCCUUUGCUUUAUUCAACGCGACAGCCUUUUUCUCGACUGUUUGGCACCAAUCCAGGGAAAAAGCAUGUUUCAAUGCAAUUAUCCAGAACACUUUCUGGUUUGACCAAUCUCUUAUUCAAUAGAAGAGAUCCUGGGUUUUAAGAGGUUACAUGGUUGUGGAGGGAAGCCUAGAUGAAAUUGUACAAGUUAUGGGAAGACAGGCAUACACAUUCACAGACACUUGAUGUUGAAGUGCAGAUUUUGAUGGUUUCACUAUUAAAAUUAGGAGUGAUUUGGAUGAGCUGCCAAGCAGGCGCAAACGUUUGAGACCUGGGAAGGUGUCCCCUUGUCAACCUGUUCCAAGUCAUAUACAAAGGCCACCUUAUGUCGAUUCUCGAAAAGCGCCUGGAAUUGCAAGUGGACCUGAGGUGCACAAUGAUGAGGGGAUAGAGUGCAUGAGAGCUUCUGGAAGGCUUGCUGCAAAGGUUCUCCAGUAUGCUGGUACCUUAGUCAAGCCAGGCAUAAGGACAGAUGAAAUUGACGAAGCAGUUCAUCAAAUGAUUAUUCAUAAUGGAGCAUACCCCUCACCUCUUGGUUAUGGUGGCUUUCCUAAAAGUGUGUGCACAUCUGUGAAUGAAUGCAUUUGCCAUGGAAUACCAGAUUCUCGUCCUCUUGAGGAUGGUGAUAUAAUCAACAUCGAUGUUACAGUGUAUCUUAAUGGUUAUCAUGGUGACACAUCAGCAACUUUCUUUUGUGGAGAUGUUGAUGAGGAAGCCAGAAACCUGGUUAAGGUAACCAAAGAAUGCUUAGACAGAGCGAUAUCAAUAUGUGUCCCAGGAGUGGAGUUCAAGAAAAUUGGCAAGACAAUUCAGUAAGGCUCUUGAUGCAGUCUUUGUUCUUUGCUUUAUAUCAUCAUCUGCACUCUGCAAAGUCCUUUAGAAAUAAUGAACCAAUUUGUCUGAAUUGGAUUGUUAUACUUUUGUUUUUCUCUGUUCUUUUUUCUUUUAUUUUUGGCAUGUGGUUUCCCAGGCUUUUAUACUGCUACAGUAGCAAAAUUUUGAACUGAAUGCUUGAGAAAUUGCUAACAUCUAAGUUUCACAGCUCUGUAAAUCUAUGUUGUAUAACAUUCUUGCCUAGAACUUGGUUCAUUGAGUCGAAUGUGUGUGUAUGCGUGAUUGUGUGGGUGUCCAGUUACAACCAUUAUAUUCUUUUAUUACAUUUCUUUAUAUGCUUUGCCCCUGAUUUGAGUAUAAUAUUUCUAUUGAUUGGUUCAUUUUGGUUUACUCUCAACAAAUGCUACACUUUGAUUUUAUACACUAACAAAUAAUGUUUUUUAAGUGACCAUGCAGACAAAUAUCAUUAUGGUGUAGUGCGACAGUUUGUUGGCCAUGGGGUUGGGCGUGUUUUCCAUGCUGACCCUGUUGUUCUGCAUUUCAGUAGUCUUUCUAAUCUCAACUUUUUUUAUCUUUGUGGUCUGCCCUUUUUUUUUAGUAUUUUGAUCUCAUAUUUUUAUUGGCUUGAUUCAGGGAACAACAAUGGUGGUCGCAUGGUUUUGAAUCAAACCUUCACCAUUGG